UCGGCGCAUGCGCACUCCGCAGCUGCGCGCGAGCCGGUGGUUGGCGUCCGCGUCGUUUCCCCUCAGCCGCUUCUGGUUCUGAAGCGGGGCGCCAUGCUGGGCGGAGGAGGCGACGGCGGAGGGGAAGAGGAGGAGGAAGGGGCCCCCGUGGGCGCCGAGGAGGAGACAGGGGACGCCCGAGGCGAAGAGGAGGAAGAGGAAGAGGCGGCGGAGGCAGCCGAGCGGGAGACCCGGCAGCGCUACGAGGAGCUCUGCAGCAGCCUCAACAUGGACGAGAGAGCCAGAGCAGAGGCCUGGCUCAGCUUCCAGAGCAUGAGGAGGAACUACACCCUGGAGGGAAAUGAUCUACAUUGGCUGGCAUGUGCCUUGUAUGUGGCUUGCCGGAAAGCUGUCCCAACAGUCAGCAGAGGAACUGUUGAAGGAAACUAUGUGUCUUUAAUAAGAAUAUUACGCUGCUCGGGACAAAGUUUGAUAGAGUUUUUUAACAAGAUGAAGAAAUGGGAAGAUAUGGCAAACCUACCCUCCCAGUUCAGAGAACGUACCACAAGAUUAGAAAGAAACUUUACCGUUUCUGCUGUAAUUUUUAAGAAGUAUGAACCCAUUUUUCAGGACAUUUUCAAGUACCCUCAAGAUGACCAUCCCCGCCAGCAGAGAGGAAGAAAACAAAGGAGGCAACCUUGCACAGUCUCUGAAGUGUUUCAGUUUUGCUGGGUGCUAUUCGUUUAUGCAAAAGGCAAUUUUCCUAUGAUCAGCGAUGAUUUGGUCAAUUCCUACCAUCUCUUGUUGUGCGUCCUUGAUUUAGUCUAUGGAAAUUCUUUGCAGUGCCCAAAUCGUAAGGAGCUUCUGAAUCCUAAUUUUAAAGGACUGCCUGAGGAUUUUCAUAGCAAAGAUUUUAAGCUGUUGUUUGAACCUCCCUGCAUCAUUGAAAAACUCUGCUCCUUGCAUGAUGGUUUGGUAUUAGAAGCCAAAGGUAUAAAAGAGCAUUUCUGGAAGCCUUAUGUGAGAAGACUUUUUGAGAAAAAGAUUCUGAAAGGAAAAGAAGAAAACCUGACAGGUUUUCUGGAUCCUGGAAAUUUUGGAGAAAGUUUAAAGAGCAUCAACAAGGCCUACGAGGAGUACAUAUUGUCAGUUGGAAACCUAGAUGAGCGGAUAUUUCUUGGUGAGGAUGCUGAUGAGGAAAUAGGAACCUUGCGGAGGUGUUUAAACACAACUUCUGGAAUGGAAACUAAUGAAAGAGUGCAGGUCAAAUAUAAUCUUCAGGAGCAUUUUGAACGGGCAAAAUCCUUUCGCAUAUCUACACCUCUUACUGCCCGGAAGUAUGUAAAGGAGAGUGAAGCGUGUGUGAGCCCGAUUUCUAUAGCCACGUACAACUUGACACGACUUCAUACGAUGCUGACAGGCUUGAAAAAUGCCCCUAGUGAAAACCUGGAGCAAAUUCUCAGGUCAUGCUCCAGGGAUCCUUCCCUUUCAAUUUCCAGUAGAGUGAAAGAAAUGUAUGAGAUUUAUUGUGAGAAGACCCAGGCUCAAAGAGAUCCUGAUCGCUUCUCCAAAGAUGUUGUUGGAAAACACUUUCAUCUGGCUGAGGUACUUUACUACAAAGUAUUGGAAUCUGUCAUUGAGCAAGAAAAGAAAAGGCUGGGUGACACUGACUUGUCUGCAAUCUUGGAGCAUGAUGUGUUUCACAGAUCUCUCAUGGCCUGUUGCCUUGAGAUAAUUAUUUACUCUUACAAGGCAUUUGACAGUUUCCCAUUCAUCACAGAUAUAUUUGAUGUUCCUGCCUUUCACUUUUAUAAGGUGAUAGAGAUUCUAAUUAGAGCAGAAGAUGGCCUUUGCAGAGAAGUGGUGAAACACCUCAAUCACAUUGAGGAACAAAUUCUAGAGAGUCUGGCAUGGAAAGUGGAAUCUCCACUGUGGGACAAAAUCAGAGAAAAUGAAAAUAAAGUUCCAACCUGUGAGGAGGUAAUGCCAUCUCAGUAUUUUGAAAAGUCAAAUGGAAACAGCAUGACAAGUUCCCCUCUAACCCCAAGGAGACUAAAUGAGGUCCGUGCUGAAACUGGAGCAUUGGGAAAGGGCAUUCCAUCAUCUCCAACCACCCUUUAUGAGAGAUACAGCUCUCCAACAAGUAACCCUACUAGAAGAAGACUGUUUGUUGAUAACGACACUGCUACUGAAGCCAGUCGGACUCCUGUGAGGGUCUCCCAGCAGCCUGUGAUCGCUACGAUGCCGGUCCAGACCGUCUCCCCAGAAUCCAUACCUGUCACUCCAGUCCCUGGGCAAACAUUAGUGACUGUAGCAACAGCAACUGUCACUGCAAAUAACGGGCAGACUGUUACAAUACCAGUACAAGGAAUUGCUAAUGAAAAUGGAGGAAUAACAUUCAUUCCAGUCCAGGUGAACGUAACUGGACAGGCUCAGCCACUGUCCAGUUCCAUCCCUCCUCUCAGUGCCCAGACGCUUGCUGGGACUCUGAGCCCCCAACAGAUGGCUGGCACAGCCCUCCACUUACAAAGCCAGUUUCAGCAGAUCCCUGUCUCUGGAGAACUGCGACAAAAACAGCAAAUGGGCUGCAGUGGUGGUAAAUCCCGGAAGACUGGCUCACUCAUGCUCUUCUUUAGAAAGGUGUUUCACUUAGCAAGUGUCCGUCUGCGAGAUCUCUGUCUUAAACUGGAUAUUUCUGAUGAGCUGAGGAAGAAAAUCUGGACGUGUUUUGAGUUCUCACUGGUGCAGUGCUCUGAGCUCAUGAUGGACCGGCAUUUAGAUCAGCUGUUAAUGUGCGCCAUAUAUGUAAUAUCAAAGGUUACGAAAGAUGACACAUCAUUUCAGAACAUCAUGCGUUGUUAUCGGACUCAGCCACAAGCUAAGAGCCAUGUAUAUCGUAAUGUCUUGAUAAAAGGCAGAAGACAAAGGUAUUCAAGCAAUGGUGAGAGCAACAAUCAACAAAAUUCCCCCACAGAGAGAAAUAAGGAUAGAACAAGCAGAGAUUCCAGCCCAGUGAUGAGAUCAAGUAGCACCCUGCCAGUACCACAGCCCAGCAGUGCCCCCCCUACUCCAACACGCCUGACUGGGGCCAACAGCGAUAUGGAGGAGGAAGAACGUGGCGACCUGAUUCAGUUUUACAAUAAUGUCUACACUGACCGAAUCAAAGACUUUGCCCUAAAGUACUCCUCAGACAAUGGAGGUGAAGCUCCACCCCUGUCUCCAUAUCCUUUUGUAAGAAGUGGCUCACCACGCAGAAUACAAUUGUCUCAGAACCACAAAAUUUACAUCUCGCCUCACAAAAAUGAGUCUGCUUUGUCUCCACGUGAAAAAAUAUUCUACUAUUUCAGCAGCAGUCCAUCAAAGAGGCUUCAAGAGAUUAACAGUAUGAUUAGAACAGGAGAGACUUCAACAAAGAAGAGAGGGAUUGUCCUGGAGGAGGGGGCUGAGUCGCCAGCCAAGCGAAUAUGCCCAGAUAAUCACACAGCCCUCCUGCGGCGGCUACAAGACGUGGCAAAUGACAGAGGUUCUCACUGAUCCUAUGGACAAAACCUGAGUUCGCCAUCCUUUACUGUCUGAUAUUCGGCCAGUAGUGACAAAAGCCUACAGCAAUUCUAAGCAGUUUGGGCCCUUGGUGUAUCUGCUUCUGGCACCUUUCAAAGUGUCGCUCUUGACAAGGCUUCAGUCUGCUUUGUUUGCAGAGGCUGCAGUAAUCCUCUGUGGAUUGGAGGAAAAUCAGAGACUGCUUCCUCAAUCCUGGAACGGAAAGUGUCACACCACUCCGGCACAUUCUGAGGGGAGCAUGAUAGCUGUAGUUUUGACUACAGCAUUUUUAAUUUAUCUGGCAGAAGUAAUCGAUAAACAUUUUGUCCAGUAAUGAACCGACAAUGUCUAUUCUUACAUUAGUUCAGAGAGCAUUAAUGUGUUUUUUUCUAGCUGUUUUGUAAACUAUCAGUGUAAUUCUUGGAAUUGGCAGCCUUGUGGGAUAAGAUAAGCAAUAAUGGAACCGAUGCUGUGACUGUACCACCUGGUCUACGAAGCGGGCGCUGUGCCCACUUUGAAGCUGGGAAAUCUAAGGUGUCUAGCACAAUUGGAAGAAAAUAGUUAAGGCUACAUUUGAAAUAGCUAAAAAAAUAUUGUAUCUAUUCUUUAUUUCAUGUGCCUGUCACAUAAUUAUGGUAACAUUUGGGGGGGGGGGGCUUUCAGAUUUGUCUUGUUUUAGCUGUGCAAUGUUUUAAGUGAACUCUUAUGCAGAGAGUAGCGUUUCAAAAAUUCUAAAGCAUUAUUUUAAAAUGCCUAUUAGAGUUUAGCUACUCUGUAAAUCGCACUUUUAAAUUAUAUAUAUAUAUAAAUAUAUUUUAAAUAGUCAAAGCAUAAGAUACAUAUGUUCAGUUGCUUGAAUUGUAUUUAUUGUCAAAAGUACACAGUGGUGAUGUUUAAUUUGUAUUAUUAAUUUCUAGAGUGCAUGAUCAUUUGUUUUUCCCUGCUUUUUAAACUUUGUACUUACCUCUUUGAAAAAAAUGUAAAAAGCAUUUUUACAAAACUGAAGUAGACUUCCAA